AUGAAGCUGUUGCUGUCCACAGCCUUUCUCCCGUUCACCGCGGCCUUUCUCCUGCCCCCAAGGCUUCAUGCUGACUGGGUCAUCGAGGGCCAGGAAUCCCUGCUCAGCUCCAGACCCUACAUGGCCUAUGUGCAAAUUGGGUCAACAGAAAGCUGUGGAGGAUUCCUGAUCCAGGAGGACGUGGUGGUGACGGCGGCUCAUUGUAACUGCAACCUGGGCAACAUCUUUGUCUACCUGGGAGUUCAAGACUUCAUGAAGCCAGGACAGAACUGGCAACUGAUCCAGGCCCGUCACUGGGUCCAGCACCCUGACUUCAACAAUGAGAACUUUGACAAUGACAUCAUGCUGCUGAAGCUGUGGGACAGUGCGGAGCUGACCGAAUGGGUGGUGCCCAUUCCCCUGCCAGAGGCCAAUCACCACGUCAGCCCAGGCACCGAGUGCAGCGUAGCCGGGUGGGGUCAGACCGGAGUGAAUACCACCACCGACAGGCUGCUGGAGGUGGAGCAAGAGGUGGUGUCGGACGGCCUGUGCAAAGAUCAGUACCAGCAUUACAACCCCACCACCAUGCUGUGUGCUGGCAGCCCCCAUGUCAAGAAAUCACCAUUCCAUGGCGAUUCCGGCGGGCCCCUGGUGUGUGAUGGGGUGGUCCAGGGCAUCGUCUCCAAUGGAAAUCCAGAUGGGCGCCCCCCCCAGCAUAUACACAAGAAUCUCCAAAUUCAUUCCCUGGAUCAAUGAAACUCUGCAGAAACUGAGUUAAAGGAGACGCUCCCUUUUAAAGGAUGAAUUUAGCCAUACUGGGUUCCGUGCCUGUGUGUAACUCUUGAGAUGGUUUAUAUUAGACAGAUUUUUUUUCACUGUUAAAGGAAGGCUAUGAAUGGCUCAUCCUGAAAUCCUUUUGUGGCUACAAAUGCCCCUUCGAUGUACGAAAUUUUGUUCUAUUUUAUUGUCACCCCAAGCGGCUAGUCAAUGUUUGGGGCUCUGCGGGUGCUUUGCUUGAGAGUGGAAAUUCACAAUAGGGCCUGGUAUUUACUUGAUGAAAUCUGGUUUAUUUACAAGGAAUAUCCUAAGUCCUGUUUCCCUGAACACAAAUCAGAAUCAAACAGCAGCAGAC